GCCGGGGUCCGUCCCGUCCCCGCCCCGGUCCCCGCCCCCGGGCCGGUCCCGGCGGGGCGGUCGAUGGCCGGGGGGCGGCAUGCGGCUCCUGUUCCUGGCGGUGCUGCGGCCGCACACGGGCAACGCGGUCACGGCCCAGCGCAUCAGGGACCAUCUUGAAGCCGCAGGCCACGUGUGCGUUCUGAAGGACGCCCUGGACUAUGACAGCCGGUCCGAGGUGGCGGAGCUCAUCCGGGCGGCGGAGGUGGAGGCGGCCCUGGCGCUGCACGCCUACAGGGCGGGCCGGCUCCUGCGAGGUCACGGGAUCCCGUUCGGAAUCGUCUUCGGAGGAACCGACUUAAACGAAGACGUGACCCAGGGAGAGAAACAGCGAGUGAUGGGAGGGGUCCUGGCGGAGGCCAGGUUCGCCGUGGCGUUCACGGAGACCAUGAAGGCAGCGGCGGGCCUGCAGUGGCCGCACGCUAAGGAUAAGAUCUACGUCCAGACUCAAGGAAUCGCGACUUCGCCCAGCACCGCCUUUCGCUGGGACACCUUUCUCCAGCGUGUAGAGAUCUCCCCGCGUGCUGGGGACGCACACGUGUUCUUGCUGAUAUGCGGGCUCAGACAAGUCAAAGACCCCCUGUAUUUGGUGGAUGCCUUCUCAGAAUGGCACCGACAAGAGCCCGACGUCUACCUGGUGAUCGUGGGCCCCGAGGUGGACCCAGUGUUUACAAGGGAAGUGAAGGUCAAGCUGAAGAGCUCCGCGGGGGUGCGCCUGGCCCGGGAGAUGCCGCAGGGCGACCUCCACGCGGCCCUGAGGCACUGCGUCGCUCUGGUCAACAGCUCCGUCUCCGAGGGCAUGUCCGCUGCCAUCCUGGAGGCAAUGGAGCUGGAGGUGCCGGUGCUGGCCAGGAACAUCCCCGGGAACGCCGCGGUGGUCCGGCACGGAGCCACGGGGCUGCUGUUUUCCGACCCUCAGGGGACCUUCUCACCUAAAACUCAGAGUUGCUGCAAAUGUCUGAAAGUUCGAGUUCUCAGAGCCCCUGCAGGGACUCUGUCCUCCUGUCCCCACACACACCACCUCCUCGUCUCACCGAGCUCAGCGUCCAAGCCCCGCGGCCUAACCGUGAAUGUUGGAGGAGCAGCUGCUUCCUCGUGGGCACAGCCGGCUGAGCACCGGCAAAGCCGUGUGGGCGGCCCGACCUCAGAGAGCUCCUUGUGAGCUGUGACUCCUUCUACCGCAAGUGACUGUCCUGUCUGCCAUGAUCGGGUCCCCUCCGCGGGUGGCUGGCUGGCCCCUGGGAGCUCUCAGACGCCGUCCCGAGGUGCCCACCCACCACUCCUCAUGGAUUUCUUUUGAUUCCAACGUGAAUGUUAGUUCUGCACAGCACGGCUUUUAAAAAACAUAGCACUUUGCUUUUCAUGCACGGCGGGGCUGCAUUUUUAACACAGUUUGGGAAA